AGCUCGACCACGACGGCAGCUCUAGGGACACUUCAAUCAUGAGGCCAAGCCCUCAGACACUGCCACGAUGACGAUAAGACCAUUGCAGAAGAUUUCUUCUGGCCGAAACGGCCUCGGGGCCUUCGUCUUGCAAUGCAAGAAGAUGGACUUCCACUACUGCGACUGGGCAGGGAGUUCCAGGGGCAUGAAUGGUUUUAUCAAGUCGCAUCUCCCCCAAUUCGCCGCCGCACACCCCCAGAUCGAGUUCACCGUUUCGCCCCGGCCCUCGAAACACCCCGUCAUUAUCGGGCACUACAUCAAUGGCCGCCAGAAGGCCAUCUGCGUACGGAAUAUGGAGCCUCUACAGGUCAUGCGGAAGGCAGAGUUGCUACGGGAUGCCAGUGGGGAGAGGCUGAGGAGGACAGCGAAGCCCGUCCAGAGCACCAACCCCAGUGUCAGAGGUAUUUGGUCGCCAUUCCAUGGCAACGGGAUGGCAGUAUAGAUGGACGACGGCAUUGCGUGUACAAAUAAGCAGGCGUAUCAGUGGGCCGUGGCUGCCUCUGGGUUGCGGCAUGUACCAUAUCAAGGCUGUUAGGGAACUAGACCGUCUAGGGGUUCCUGUUGUGGCUCCCAUGUUCUGUAUUAAGGUGGUCGGGAAGGCAAAGCAUGCAAGUUGCAAUAUCUCUCGGGAACAGGGGCUGACAUUGUACCACACAACGGUAAUGGGCAGAUAUGCAAAAUGUGCCAUAUAUCUUUUCUAUUCAUG